AUGUGCAUCAGCCUAUCGUAAAUAUCCAAUUAUUUUUCCUGCCCAUUUACAAUCAUUCUUUAGCCCUCCAAAAAGGUAGGGAAAAACCCAGCAAAAGAUGCAACCCUCCUGCUUGAUUAAUGGAACGAGAGACAUAUAGAAAUCCUCAAGAAUAAAUUUCAGGAGAGUCUAGCUAUAACUCGCGAUAAAAAGAUCAAAAUACAGGGUCUUGACAAAGCUGCUUUCAUGAAAGUCUUUGCAGAUCUCAAAACGUUUCCCAAAGUAAGUUAAUCUCUCAUUUUAUAACUUCAAUGUGCUCAAAUAACUGUCUAGCAAGUGGCUGAGUCAGCAUUUAAGUUGUUUGACAGAGAUCGCUCAGGAUUUAUUGACUUCAGAGAAUUCUGCUGUGGCCUCUCCAUUAUCUGUCUAAGUUCGAACAAUGAAAAGAUUAGAUUCAUAUUCGAUUUAUUCGACCUCGACAGAGAUGGAUACCUGAACAAGGCAGAGCUGAGAACGCUACUUGAAACCUCAGUUAUGAGCUUCAGGAAAUUUUGCCAAGGUCCAGGAGAAUAAAUUGACAAGCAAUGGAUAGAUCACAAUAUCAACUUCAUGUUCAAUUAGUCUAAUCAUCCAUCCUCUUCCAUUACUUCAGUUAGUGAAUCAAGGAUAGAUUUUACGACAUUUAGACAGUGGGCUGAAUCUAACUUAAAUAUGCAUCAUUUGCUGCAUACUUUUGAGCUUGUGCCUACACCAGUCCGAGAAAGGAAGACAAUUAUAGAUAUCUUGUAAAAUUAUGAAAGAAAGCAUGGAGACACAAUGUAUGCACUCAGUUACAGAUGGUGGGAUAUGUGGAAAUCCUAUACAAGUCAGCACUUCUCCACAAUUGACUAGCUUCAAUUCAUUGGCCAGAUUAAGAACAAGGUGUCAGAGGAAAGUGAGACUCCAGAUUUCAUCAAGAAUUUCCUUAAUGCCUAUUAUGAAGAACAAAAAUAAUCUGAUAUUAAUGAGGCUAUCUAGAAAAAUGAACUUGUCGAUUACAAGGAAUAGAUAUUGAAAAGAGAGUAUUCGAAAAUCAAGCUUACUCCAAGGUCAGAGCAUGGCAUUAACCAGUCAAUGUUUGCAGAUAAAUCCAAACUAGGGCUAGAUGAACAGUGCGACCUUGAAAAUAGCAUUAUUAUGGAAUCUGCCAGAAAGAUGAAGAGUCUCAAAGGCCAGAGUCUCUUGAAUAUGAAACUUAAAGAUAAGCUGCACUCAAAGCGUAGCUCUAACUAUAGCAGUUCUUUCCACUAGCGAGAUGAUCUGGUAGAUAAGAAUAAGAAUGAGAUUACUGAUGGCAAAGGCUACCAAAGCAAUCUACAGAACUAUCUCCGUGGCUCCUACAUCUAAACUCAACUAGAUUCCCCAAUAGAAUUGCACAAAAAAGAUGCUAAUAAAUAUAACUCUUAGUCAGUACUCUAACUAAAGAAGGAAAGUUCUAGCAAUGUUGGUAGGAUCAAGCAAAUUUAAGCCAAAAGUGAACAUGAUAAUUCAAUGGUACCUAUCAGUUCAUAGCAAAGUCAAGAUGAUGAAAAUGACAACUUGAGAUUCAGCUAGACAUUUAAGCAGCCUCACUAAGCAGAGAGACCUUAGGAAAUUGAUAACUCAGACAUCGAAGGAGAGCAUCCUGGCCAAUUAAAACCAAACUUGAUACUGCACAGAGACUUUGUCAUAAUCCCAGAAGUUGCUUGGAAAUACUUAUUCCAGUGGUAUGGAGGGGGGCCAUCUUUCCCAAGGAAAGUGCUUAUUAACAAUAGCGUGACAACUAUUGAGUUGUAUCCUCCUCUGGUCACAUCAGUUUUAGCAGGGCCUGACGGGCAUGCUGUCCAAGGCUCGGCAAGAUCUCUUUUUGUGAGUAUCGCUAUGAAGUUAAGCGAAGUAUUUCUAAAGAUAUGCGAGAGCUUCAACUACAUAUCUACAAGAGAUACAAGGCUCUGGUUCAAAGAGGGUGGCAAUGAGUGGAAACUAAUUGAAAAGGAUGAACUUGAGAAGACCUUGGAGGAGUUUAUAGUUAAGGACGGUGAUGUGUUUAUGGUGGAGGUUAAAUUUGGUGAAAAAUGGCCUAGAGACUUCGAGAGCAAUAAUGUCUCUGACAGAGAUUGGAGGAACUUCGAGGUGGGAGAUAAAAUUGAUGUCUUCGAUAAUAACGACUGGAAAAUUGGAAGAGUUGUAAGGGUGUUUAAGGACAAGUUGAAGAUCCACUUGGAAAACGAAAGUUGGAAAAAUGAUCUCAUCAUCCCUAAGGACUCGUAAUGUAUUGAAAGGUAUGGUAAGCAUACAUUUGAGAUGCAUUUCAAGAGUUCAAAUCAGCUGUCAGGAGAAGUUAUACCCUCUGAUGUAGUUGGUCUCGAUAAUAUUGGCAAUACUUGCUAUAUGAAUGCAGUGUUACAAGCUUUAUUCCACACACCAUUAUUGAAGGAAUUUUACCUUUCUAAAUCUUUCAUCAAUCAGAUCAACACCAAGAAGAUAGUUAAGUCGAUAGAGCUAUCAAGCAAUAAUAACAACAACUAUAGUAACAACGACCCUAAGCGAAGCUCAAAUGCCUCAUAAUAGCUAGUAAAUACCAAUCAAUAGUAAAUCUAAUAGCAACAGCAGUAGCAAUAGAUAGUCAGUCUGGCUUAGUCAUUUGGCGAACUCUUCUUAGAGGCUUUCCAAGGCAAGCAGAAAGUUCAGCCUAUUGCCUUCAAAAAGAUUGUAAGUCAGGAGCUGCCAAUGUUUUUCGGUAAUUAGUAGCACGAUAGUUAGGAAUUUCUGAGCUUCCUGCUUGAUAAAAUCAGUGAGGAUAUGAACCGAGUUGAUGACGAUGAUGAGGAUAAUCACGGUAGUGGCAGAGGUUAAUUAAGUCUACACUAAAACUCAAUAGUCUAGUUCCCUGGGUAGACUUAAUACCAGUAGCAACCCAAUCAUGUCAGCAUUGAAGCAAAGUCUAGUAACUAGCUGCUCCCUCAGCUCACACCUAAUAAUAAUAUGAGUUCUAUGCUCUCAGGAAUAGUAACUCCUACCUAGGACUUGCAAACUAUCUAAGACCCUCUAAGAUAGCUGCAAAUGGCUACUCCUUUUGACUAGGACAACAACACAAACAGAAAUAGUCACAGCAACCUUCAAGACGGAGGCACUGGUGGUAUCUAAAUCCUAAUAGAUCAGAGAAGGUCAGUCAACAAUACUCCUAAUUUAGGUUAGAACUUAGAUAUUCAACUAGAUAAUCCUAUAUAUACUCCUACAACUAAAACGGCUAAUAACAGUUCUAUAAAGAUGCAUCAACCAGAAAUUAAUAUAAAGAACGCAAAGCUUUAGUCUCAAGCAUCAAUGAAAAUAGCGAUGACUGCUGGAGAAUAGAUAUAUAAUUCAUUCUUUUAGCCUAUAGUCAGUGGCAACAGAUCCAAUCGGGGUUCUCCCUAAAAGGAUAAGGACUCCAAGAAAGACGACAUGUCUUUAGCCAUUCCUCAGUAAAAUAACUAGUACUCUAAUUUGAGUAAUCACAGAUCUGGCUAGGUGCCAUCACUAGUCAACUUCAAGCAAGGCACCUCACCUUUGCUAUUGAAUCCGAAUAUCUCUGAAGCUGAAAGAAAGGCCAUUGAAGCUUGGGAAAACGAAAUGAAGAUACAGAACUCUGCUAUUUCAGAUCUAUUCGUAGGCCAGCAAUCUACUACUGUUCAAUGCUAAAGCUGUAGAAAUAGAACCUAUGCUUUUGAAAACUUCUACACUCUUAGUCUACCACUUCCAUAUAACUCUAAAGCCAUAUUCUAUAUAACUGUGAUGAAGAGAUCUUCGUAGCAUGUGAUCACCCCUAUUGUUAAGUAUGGAAUCUAAAUUGAUAAGCAUGCUAAAUUGCUUGAUUUAAUAACUGAGAUUGAAUAACUGUCAAGACUAAGUGCCAAUAAGAUGCUGAUUGUGGAAGUAGGCAACAACAAAAUAUAUAGAAUCUAUGAUGAUUACUCUAUCAAUCUGAAUCAAAUAUACAGAAGGACGAAUGAACUAUUUGUCUAUGAGCAUCUGACAAGGAUACAUGACAUCGCCAUUCAGCCUAGGAAAUUACUUCCAUAGAAAGGGCAAAAUAAAUCGUUCAAAACAUUAUCAGAAAUAAAGCAAGGACAGAUUAUAGACGCUCAAGAUUUGUACGGCAAAUGGUAUGUAGGCAUUGUAGUAGAUCGUGAUUUUGACUUCGACAACUAGCAGUAUCAGGUAAAGGUGCAUUUCUACGAAUUCCCAGAACGUUGGGAUGAAUGGUACAAUACUGAAAAGAUAAGCAGAUUAGCACCAUUUGGUAGUCAAGCUGAAGAACCGAAGGAUAAGGUGUAUAGCAUGCCUAUGACUCACAGAAAAGUAGUCGUCAAUGAACACACCAACAGACAAGAGUAUCAGAAUAUAGGUCUGCCCUUCUACAUAUCCUUUGGCACCUGGUAUACUUGGGAGGAAGCAUACAUUGAGAUCAUUAACUAAGCCUGCCGCUAUAUUAAGAAUGAGGAAAAUGAGAACAUAUCUGAGGAUGAUCUUGGUGAGGAGAAGUCAUCAUCCAAGCUCCUUAACUAUGACAGUUCUUAAUUUACUAAGAAAAUGCUGGAUGUGGACAAGAAGGGAAAGCUGAUUCUUGCAUAAGAUGAGCCCUCAAUCAGGAUCCCUAAGACUGUUGAUACUAAGACUACUCCUAAGCCAAUUAGUUCAAAGGAUUUAUUUGAUUCAUCGACACCAACUAAAGAUCUUAAGGAAAAUGAUAUCCAGUUGAUUAUAGAUAAAAGCGCAGGGUCAAGAGCAAUCAAUUCUGCCAAUCAUUCCUAAUCUAUGAAGAGCCAAACAAGCAGGUCUAAGCAAUAAUCUCAAAUCUAAAAGACCUAUAAUGAUGGGAUAAUUUAGACUCUCGGUGAUGAUUUGCUAUCUAGCAAUCGCAGAGGUACCUUUGACGGAAUGAGCUUGAAACGUCUUCCUUUCAAAGUAUGCAUCUUGGAUGGUGACACUCAUCUCUGCAUCCUAUGCCUAUUUAAGAACAAAUAUCUUGAGCCUAAAAGUAAGGAACAGCCAGCUUAAGUAACUUGUCGUGGGUGUGAUAUGUACCAGUCAAGUGAUAAAGUUAAAUGGAUACUUGGCUGCUUCAAGCGUUUCGAGAUCUGCAUUGACUGGGAUGAGCCAACACUUUACAAGACGCCGCUAAUCUCCUCUGACAUGUCUUGUCUAAAACUUCUCCAGCAAGAAAAGGAGAUCAAACUGGGAUUCCCCUUGUGUCAAAGUUUAGACCUUUACACCAAGAAAGAGCAGAUAGAUGACUACCACUGUGACAAUUGCAAGAAAACAACUGUAGCAAUAAUGGAGACUAAAAUCUCUCGCGCUCCUGAUAUUCUGAUCAUUCAUCUGAAGAGAUUCUCCUAUCAAGCAGGCUAUCUGGAGAAGAUAGAGGACUUGGUGACCUUCCCCAUUAACAACCUGGACUUAUCAAACUAUGUGGCUAACUUCAAGAAGAAGAGCAACAUCUAUCAGUAUGAUCUGUAUGCUGUGGUCAAUCACAUUAUGUUCCACACAACUGGUGGCCACUACAACUCCUAUAUCCUUAAUGAAUAGCAGCCUCUCAAUCAGAUAAUGAAUGGCCCAGCUAACAUUGGAAUGAACAAGAAGAUAGAUAUAUGGCUGAAAUGCAAUGACUAGAAUAUAACCAGAAUAGAUAAGCAAGAGAUCAUAUCGAAGGACGCAUACAUUCUGUUCUAUAAGAGAAGAGAGUUCACUGCCUCUAAUAUCAUUAACUUCACCGCUCCUCAUCAGUUUUGA